AAGAUUACAGAAAAUUUUCUAAAUGCAAGGAUCAUGUGUAUCCCCAGUCACCUCCAUUGACACUCCUGUUUGACUUAGCAAUAACCUCAGCCUACUCUUAAAAAGGUAUUUUCCAGGAAGAGCUAACCCAGUAUAUUUAGUUUCACGGGAGAGAAAAGGAGAAUUAUACAUUGUAAUGUUUUCUACAUUGCAUUCUCCUACCCGGGGUAAGCUACAUGAAAUAAGGAUUUUCAUCUGUUUUGUUCACUGCUGUACGCCCAGUACCUAGAAAACAUACCUAGGAAAUAGUAAACACUCGAUAAAUAUUGAAUUAAUAAUGAAUAAACAAACAACUGUCAGUUUCUUGUUUGGACGAAGAAGAUGAAGUCCCUCUGUGAUUCUAGGGUUAUUUAGUAAUUAUGGGUCUUUUCACAGCUCACAGACACAUGAAAAUCUCCAACAACUCCAGCAUUAUUGCUGGCUUCAUCCUCCUGGGCUUCCCUUGCCCCAAGGAGGGACAGAUCUUCCUCUUUGUUCUCUUCUCUAUUGUCUACCUCCUGACCCUCAUGGGCAAUGGUUCCAUCAUCUGUGCUGUGCUCUGGGAUCAGAGACUCCACACCCCCAUGUACAUCCUGCUCGCCAAAUUCUCCUUCCUGGAGAUCUGCUAUGUCACCUCCACAGUGCCAAACAUGUUGGCCAACUUCCUCUCUGACACCAAAGUCAUCUCCUUCUCUGGGUGUUUUCUCCAGUUCUACUUUUUCUUCUCCUUGGGUGCUACAGAAUGCUUUUUCUUGGCUAUCAUGGCAUUUGAUCGAUACCUUGCCAUCUGCUGGCCUCUCCAUUACCCUGUUCUUAUGACUGGACAUCUCUGCACCAAUCUUGUGGUCAGCUGCUGGGUACUUGGUUUCCUCUGGUUCCCAGUCCCUAUCAUCAUCAUUUCCCAGAUGUCCUUCUGUGAGUCCAGGAUUAUUGACCACUUCCUGUGUGACCCAGGUCCUCUGUUAGUACUCACCUGUACCAGAGCCCCAGUAGUGAAGUCUUAUUGGACAGUUAUAAGUUCUCUGCUCUUAUUUAUGCCUUUCCUCUGCAUCAUGAGUUCCUAUGCUCUGGUCCUGAGAGCUGUGUUGAGGAUCCCUUCAGCAGCUGGGAGAAGAAAGGCUUUCUCCACCUGUGGGUCACAUCUGGCUGUGGUUUCACUCUUCUAUGGUUCAGUGAUGGCCAUGUAUCUGAGCCCAACAUCUGAGCACAAAGCUGGCAUGCAGAAGCUUGUGACUCUGUUUUAUUCUGUGGGAACUCCACUCAUUAAUCCUGUGAUCUAUAGUCUGAGGAACAAAGAUAUGAAACACGCCCUGCAGACAUUUCUGGGGAUAUAAAAAUUAGAGCUUUAGUUAAAAAAAUUAUUUGGGCAACUGG